UCCGUCCACACACACCCCGGCAUCCAUGUGUCUGUCUGUCCGUCCGCACACAUCCUGGCAUCCGUCUGUCCGUCUGCACACACCCCGGCAUCCAUCCAUCUGUCCGUCCGUCUGCACACACCCCAGCAUCCGUCCGUCCGCCUGCACACACCCCAGCAUCCAUCCAUCCGUCCACACACAGCCGGGCAUCCAUCCGUCCGCCCAUCUGUCUGCACACACCCCGGGAUCCAUCCGUCCGUCUGUCCAACCGCACACACUCCGGAAUCCAUCUGUCCGUCUGCACACACCCCGGCAUCCAUCCAUCCAUCCGUUUGUCUGCACACAUCCCAGCAUCCAUCCGUCCGUCCGUCCGUCCGCACACACCCCAGCAUCCAUCCAUCUGCACGCACUCCGGCAUCCGUCUGUCCGUCCGUCCAUCUGCACACACCCCGGCAUCCAUCCGUCUGUCUGUCCACACUCCGGCAUCCAUCUGCCUGUCCAUCCGUCUGCACACACCCCGGCAUCCAUCCAUCCAUCCAUCCGUCAAUCCGUCCGUCUGCACACACCCUGGCAUCCAUCCAUCCGUCUGCACACACUCCGGCAUCCAUCUGUCUAUCCAUCUGCACGCACCCCGGCAUCCGUCAAUCCGUCCGUCCGCACACAUCCCAGCAUCCAUGCAUCAAUCCGUCUGUCUGCACACACCCCGGCAUCCAUCUGUCCGUCCAUCCGUCUGCACACACCCCAGCAUCCAUCCGUCGGUCCAUCCAUCCCCACACUCCCAUGCAUCUUGGUCCAUCUAUCCUCGCAUAUCCCCGCCACAUACACACACACACGCGCACACGCACACUCACACACACUCUCUGGUAAAUCUAAAUUCUUUCUGGACGUUUAUUUGGAUGUUGUGAAGAUACAGUUUUAUUUUCAUCAAAUGUUUCCCAACUCAGAACCCCCCCCCCCUUCCUGAGUCUCAGGUGUCCAAGGGAGCACAGCUGGUGAGAACAGGCCCAGCAUGAAGGAGGCUGUUGGUCUCAGGCCCUGGCUGCACCGUGGGGGGCCCAAAGCUGAAGGGGGUAGGAGGACGGGGAGACCCCUCUCAGUCCUCUCCCCGCACAGCUGCGCGGCUGGCCCUCAGACGUCGGCUGGCGGGAAACGUCCCACAACUUCCAGAUCAGUGAGCCCGGCCAAGCAGAUCCUGCUGCUCCGACCCCCAGGCCCGGCAGGGCGGGAUCCUGCUGCUCUCGGACCCCCAGGCCCGGCAGGACGGGAUCCUGCUGCUCUCGGACCCCCAGGCCCGGCAGGACGGGAUCCUGCUGCUCCGACCCCCUGUGCCGGAGGCCGGUCCAUUUGUAUUGUCCGUGUUACCUGCCCUGGCAGUGGCUGGUG